GCGUUCAAGGUCGUGUUAGGAAAAGCGCGGUCGAGUUUAGGAGUAGGUUACUUCUGAAUGCUGAAAUCAGUUGAUGAGUUUAUUUUAGAGUACAUCCAACUAUGGAGUAAGAAUAACAGAUGCUUGAUAUUAGAUUUUAGUUCAUCUGAUGUUAGUUGGGUAGAGAUUUCCUACGUAGGAUGUGACGAGUCCUUCAAUAUUCGGCUCCUGAUGACUGAUGGAUACUUCACUACAGUAUGUAUUCGAACACACACAUCUUGUUUUAAACCCAGGGUCUUCCUUAGACUGAAUAAUCACUCAUGCGGCCGAGGAUAUUGCCUACCUAAAUGUUCUCACUCUGUUUGCAAUGGUGGCCAUGCUGUCUCAUCAUUUAUGUUUAGAGGUUGUAACGUAAGCAUGGUCUAUAUUUAAAAGUACGGUUAGUUUAGUUACGUCCACCAUGGAUAACCGAAUGGGUCAUGAAACUCAAACUUAGGAAAAAGCUGCGAAGUAUGUUUAUCUCUUCAGGUUCUGAACAGUACAAAACCAUUUAUUGUAAAACUAGGGACGCUCGCGAAGCGUCGACAAGUAAGGCUAGACAUUCAUAUGAAAAACAGUCGGGUAAAGGUUGUGAAAAUAGCCUAUAAAGGUUAUUGUCGUACAUAAAUAGGCAAACUUGGAGAAGUAAUGAAGACUAGCACUUUUGAUACAAUGAAAUCCGUCAAUAUUGGCAAGAAAGGAUGUUGCAAAAGCUGAAGCCUUAUCAGAAUAUUUUAGUAAUGUGUUUUCUACCGACGAUGGUAAAAUACCAACAAUAAGUUGUAAUAGUGUUAGUUUGUCGAUAGAUCCUGUGGUUACUGAUGAAAAAUUACUUCAGCAUGUGGAACCAGAUAAGUCAUGUCUUCAGUCUUCAAUAAUAAGGAUAGUAGGUUGAUGAACCUGUGUUAAUCCUGACACAUUGCUUUCCAAUGAAGGUCCAGCUUUUCCUUGAAAGUAUUCACUGAUGGGGCUGAUACCACUUGUUCGGGUAAGGCGUUCCAAUCAUUGACUACUCGAUGAGAAAAACGGGACCCCACUUUAAGUUUAUUAGAUCGUGGUUUAUGAACCUUCUUGCUAUGACCUCGGAGAUUAUUAGUGCUGGAGGGAGCAAAAAGAUAAGACCCGUUAGUCUGACCAGUGUUGUUGUCAAACUAAUAGGAAAGAUUAUUCAGGUGGCCAUUUUAGACUAUGUGAAAGGAUACACUUUUAUUUAGGCAACAACAUCGUUUUGAGAAAGGCCUAUCAUGCUUAACAGUACUGCUUAUUGCAACAGAAGAUUGGGCUGCAGCUAAAGAUAUUCCUGUAGAUGUGAUUUCCAUAGAUCCAAGUAGAGCCUUUGACAAAGUCUCUCGUCUGGGGGCUAUGUCAACGUGGUGGUUUGUAAGAAAUGGAGUCCUUGCUUCAAGUAUGAGACAAAUAUUCUAGAAGGAGUUCAACGGCGAGGGAACGUGAUGGUAAAAGGUAUCUUUAGUCUAUCUUAUGAAGACCGACUACGACGUCCCAGCUUGUUUCCGUCAUCUUGCCGCAGGUUACAGGGUGAUCUACUACUGACCUAUCGUAUAUUAAAUGAUGACCUCGGUUCUAACAUGACUUAUCUUUUCUUCCCGUUUAGGAUAGAUCACCUGAGAGGACAUUAUAAAGAAGUUCAAAAACCGCGAUAAAAUAUUUUACAUCUGCAAUUCCUUUUUCACACAGAGUAGUGAAUUACUGGAAUUCUCUACCAGAACACGUAAUAUCAAUAUCUUCUGUUCAUUCAUUCAAAGCGAAAUCCAACCUCCACAGCGUUACAAAUUGCAAGGAUUAAUAUAAGUCAAUAGACCUGUCUUUACUACUGAAGACUGAAUUUACUAAGUAUGAUCUAAAAAUGGAGUACAUUGACAAACUCCCGGAUGAGCUUUGCUGCAAGCCCAAACCUCUCAUCGUAUUUUCCGGUUUGGAUACGGAAAGAAAUCAAGUCCAUCGGUCUAUUUGGAGAGCCUUCAAUACUAGUAAAAGCCAUGACCGAGAUUCAUUUAAAUUUCGCUGCAAGUCAGUCGACCACCAGUUUCCAAAGCCGAAGUACAAGCAACUGGCUUCAUAUGAAUGGCUUAUGCCAAAAGGCAUACUCAAAACUGGUUGGAUGAAAAAACAUCUUGAAGAAAUACCUGCAUUCGUUGCUUUAUUUUACGAUCUAGAUUGGGACGAACCACAGUGGGGAGAAAGGUCAACUGAAUGCGCUCAAAUGGUGGCAACUGUUCGAUCAAAACUUGCUGGUCGCGAAAGUAAAUUAGUGGUCAUUCUUAUACAGAAACGUGCCCCCUUACCUUUGGGUGAAGAUCUUAAUGCCAUGGAUCGAGCUCAAUCUCUUUGUAAUAAGUGUGAUCUUCCUGGAAAGAAUUUGUUUGUUUUGUCGCAUACAAACUUACUUUAUGGAUGCAUUACAAGAUUAGAAGAUGAAUUUCGUGAUAUGGCAGCUAACUACUACCAUAAUCAAGCUAAAAAAGUGAAAGCUCACAAGGAUUCACUCAACAAAACUAGUCACCAGUUAUUGUUUGUUCGUCACGAGUUCAAAAUUGCUUUCUAUGCUGAAUUAAAACAAGAUCCAGGAUUAGCGCUGAAACAUUAUCAACAGGCAUAUAAUCAUUUAACAGAAUUGAGAAUGCUAGAUGCUCAUUUGCUGGAGGUGAAAACAGUAGCUGGAUUUAUUAACUACAAGAUAUGCCGCCUGUCUUUCCAAAAUAAUGCAUCUGAUGCGAUAUCACAAUUUCGAAGACAUAUUAAUUUUUUUGCUAAUCUCGUCGGAUUACCACAGUUAGCUUUUGAGCAUGAAGCAUGGAUGUCAAAGCAGUUUGAAAUUCUUGGAGAUCUUUUCCAAGAAGCUAUCAAAUCUAGUCUCACUCCCCUUAUAACCCAACAUCCUGGAUUAUAUUACCAAGAAGCAUCUAGACAUGCUGUUUGCCGUCGUCAGUUAUGUCAAGCUUUAUGCAUCCCUACUGUUAAAGCUGCUGAAAUGAAUGCAGAUGACAGAUUAUACUAUCCUUUGCCAACAGAAUCUAAUGAACCCACUGUUGGAAUUGACGCCGCUUUCGCUACAGACAGCCGUCUAUUUGCCGAAGAAAGUGAAUCUUCACCUCAUUUACCAAAUCAUUCUUUAGAAUGUUCCAGAUCAAAACGUACAGCAAUCAACACCGCUGUAGAGUUCGUUCGAGCUCAGUCACCUCUUUUGUUUAAAAAACAAACUUUUACAGCGGACAGUCCAAACUUAUCAGGCUAUCAUUCACCCAGUCAGGUACCUGCAGCAGAUUGUUUGUCAGCUACAGAGAAAAUAAACGGUCUUGAAUUUUACGGUCAGCGACCUUGGCGCCAAGGUAUUCAAAGUAUUGAACCACCAAAUCCAACAAAAGAACGAGAAGGGAUCUUAAGUUUGCAAAAAGAAGAACUCAAAGUAGAUCAUUCUAGUUUUAUUAUACCACUGCUUGAACAAACUCGAUUACAAUACAAACGAUAUAAAGCUGAACGAAUGAAACUAUAUCCGUGUAUUUUAAUGGGCUCCGAAUAUUAUGAUAAACAGGAUUAUGAUAAGGCUCUCAGUUGCUAUUUAAGCGUAAUCAAUGAAUAUCGUAGCGAAAAAUGGUGGUCUCUCUUUACUUUCACACUGAAGCGAAUUGCAACAUGUGCAUAUUUGAUAGCUCAGCCCACAGUUUUUCUAUCCUCAUGUUUGGAACUUCUUGGACCCAAUAGCUUGUUGCCUCUCUGUGAGAAAGUACAAGUUCAACAAGCAAUUUUUGAUUUCCUUAAGACCGGAGUUCCUAACCUCAUAAUGUUUUCACCUGAGCUUGAUCAUACCAUAAAAGCUAUCGAAGAUGGGUGGAAGAAACAGUUAGACUUAUUAAUACAACAUACUUCGAAUGCUCAUUCGGACGUUGCACACAAUGAAUCGGUCAAUGAGAACAAAGUAGAUAUCGAGAAAAAACCACAAAGUUCAACCGAUUCACAUUUUGAUGAAAAGUAUAGAAUUUCAUUGGACAUUACCCGAGUUAAUACAUGUAUACAAUGCAAAGCUUGCUUUUCACAACCAGUAUAUACUUUUGGUCAACCAGUUCAAUUGGCUGUUUUCUUACGGUCCUUUGCUCCUUUACCCAUCCUUGUUCAUCAUGUCACUGUGACUUUUUCUAACAAGGUCGAGUGUCCAACGUCUUCACUUAAUACACCACCUAGUACAAUAAACAAACCUUUAAUAGGAAAUUUUUCAACUCAUCAGACCCCGCAAACAUGGUCAUCUAAGUUUAUUCUGGAUUCAAAAGAAAAAUUCAAAGUGAUUCUGUUAUGCCUUAAUCCAGACGUACUUGGUAACCAAAUUAAAGUUGAUUCAAUUCAUUUGUGUUUAUCACCUCCUAUGGUUAAUUGUCAUAAAGAUAUUAUUAAUGAAUUAAUAUUGUGUACAGUUUCAUGGCAAUGGAAUACAAAAUCAGAUUAUCAUCCUUACGUAAGUGGUCGUAAAACUAUUGGUCAUAAACAUCAUAAUCUAAAGAAACAGCAUGAUGUGUUACAUGAUAAUGUGAAUACCAUUAGUAAUAAUAAUUGUGGUUUAUGGUGCAAAGAGGUUGUUCUUUCAGUGCCAGAACGUCGAAUGCAGAAAAACCCUAUUAAAAUUGAAUCCAAUGGAUUUAUAAUUAAUCAUGGAUUUCCUAACCUUCCACCAGACUGGGAUAUUAUCGACAGUCGAAUUCGAACAGAGAUGCAUCAUCCAUCUUCCGGUUUAGAAAUUACUAUGCCAGAGAAUGUUUGUAUACUGGCGAAUGAAAUUUCUCAAAUAAAGUUAACUAUUCGCAAUCCAACACUAAGUGACUGUACUAAACUUAAUUUAACUGUCCGUUUAAUUUCGAGAGAAAAAGAUUCAACCGAAUUUCCUGACAAUGCUAGUAAUACUUCUACCACAACCACAACAAUGAUUACAAAUCCAACUGUAAUAGACAAUUAUAUAAUAGUCGGCAGUUCAUCUGAAUUAAUAUCUCAUAUAUCAGCUAAAAAUAUUAAUUCAUCUCAAAAACCAAGUAGUGCGUAUUUUACAAAGAAGUUAGACGAUAUCCCGUCAAAUCAAUCUAUAUCUGUGACAAUUUCAUUAUGUUGUUCAUCUCCUUCGUUAGUUUCUAAUAAUAAUCAAACACUUUCAUGUUAUUUGACUUUCUCUACUAAAAUUUUACCUUGUGAAUAUCCCGAUUAUUUAUUAUCAUUAUCGGAUUCAUUAACAACAGAAACAACAUUAGUAUAUAAUGUUAUACAUGAAUCUGUGAAAUUAUCUAAUAACAUGGAGCUGUCGAAUAUAAAUAAUCAUUUAGUUCAAAAUAUAAUGGACCAAAAUGCAAUGGUAAUUCAAUGUACUCAGAAUAUUGAAACUAAUAUAACUAUCUUGUCACCAUUUGAAUUAGACUAUAAACUGCUUUCCUUAACACAACAUCCUAUUAAAAGUCUUAUAGUUAACGACGAGUUUUUGUUAUUGUUCAAGUUAACCAAUACAGCUGAUUGUGAACUGGAAAUACAUGAUAUACAGUUGGAAGUGGCUAAUGAGAUAUCGUAUGGAAGUGACUUACAUAAUACAUGCAUCAAAAACUUAAUUAUGCAAUCCUCAGAAAGUUGUACUGAAUGUCACAUGUUAUUAUUAACAGAAACAAUGAACUCACUCGAAACAAUAAAUCUAGGCUAUAUUACUGUUCAUUGGUCACGUGUGUCAACACGUGAUCAUAAUGAUAUGAAACCGUAUAUUGCAACGACAAAAUUCACCUUACCGACUAUUCCGGUUUUAUCUUUACCUAUUCAAAUUAGUGCUGAACUUCCAGCUUAUGGUGUUAUGCUCACUCCAUUUCCAAUCACAUUUAUUUUAUCUAACAAAACUAUUUAUCCACAGGAGGCUGUUUUUCAAUUAGAAUCGAUUCAUGGUUUUAUGUUUUCUGGUCAACAAAAGCUGAAGUUACGAUUACUGCCUGACUCACCGCACUACUUGAAUUAUACACUACUUCCACUGAUGUCUGGAAAUUUGAAAUUGCCUCGUUUACAUGUUAUGUUAGAACGUUAUGCUACGUUAACAUCAAACACGCAAAAUGAUCAACCCGAUAUACACAUACAAUUAGAAGAAAAUCUCCUACGACAAGUUCCAACACAUCUGUUAGUAAUUCCAUCAACGGAUGGAUUGUUGGAAUCGUCUGAGAAAAAUCCAACAUUCAAUCAAGAAGAGAUUAAAAAUGUGUAACAUGAUAUAUAUAUAUCUGAAAAUAUUUUAUCUCACUGUUGUUUCAAAAGUUUUAGUUACCUUUUUUUAAAAAGCCUAAAGAUGAGCUUGUUUCAUUUGUUUGCUCUAAGUAACUUCUUAUUCCUUGAUUUCUUUUGUUUAUUAUUAUUACAAAGCAUAAAUACCUUAAUUUUUACUUUCAAUAAUGAAUUCUCCAAAACUUUCGUUUCAUCUCUUUCCCUCUUUUUAUUCUUUGCAAAUAGAAAUGCAUCAUUUUUGGAAUGUUUUUUGUAUCAUAAUUUCUUUACUUCCAAAUAAAUCAGUAAAAAAAUUUCAAAGUUC